AUGGUUACCACUGUAGUUGGAAGAGCUCUAAAAGUAUUAGGGUUCGUUAAACUAAAUAAGGUGUUUUUCACUUUUCUUAAAUGCCUUUGCAUCCUCUACUUUUCCUUAGUACGCUCUAUAUUCAAAUAUGGGGUAGUUGUCUGGUCUCCUUAUCUGGCCAAGGACCAAUUAAGAUUAGAGCAUGUUCAACAUAGGUUCUUGUUCUACGCCACGUAUAUACUAAAGAUAGACCAUCCUCCUCAUGAUUAUUUCCUGAUUCUAAACACCCUUAAAAUACCUCUACUUUCUUCUCGACGUCUGGAUGCUGAUUUGGCCUUUAUCGCCCAUCUUUUAAAUGGCUCAUUCGACGUACCUGAUCUGCUGGCCACGAUUUCGUUUCGCAUCCCGUCAUAUGGUACUGGAAGCCACCGAUUAUUUCACGUCUCCACUCAUUAA